AUGGAGGGCGGGCCCGGGGGCGCCAACACCAGCCGGGCGGGGGAGGGCCCCCUCCGCAGCGGCAGCCCCUGGACCGCGGCCCCGCUGGGCGGCAUCGCCCUCCUGACCGUGGGGGGCAACCUGGCCCUCAUCCUGCUGAUCCUCAGCCGGCGGGCGCUGCGCAACACCUCCAACUACUUCCUGGUCUCGCUCUUCCUGUCCGACCUGAUGGUGGGCUCCGUGGUGAUGCCGCCGGCCGUGCUGAACCACCUGUACGGCCGCUGGGUGCUGGAGCGCGCCUUCUGCUCCGUCUGGUUCGCCUUCGACGUCAUGUGCACCAGCGCCUCCAUCCUGAACCUGUGCGUCAUCAGCCUGGACCGCUACCUCCUCAUCAUCUCGCCGCUCACGUACAAGCUGCGGAUGACGCCCGGCCGGGCCCUGCUGCUCAUCCUGGCCACCUGGACGCUGGCGGCCCUGGUGUCCUUCCUGCCCAUCGAGAUGGGCUGGCACGAGGCGCAGCGCCACCUGCGGCCGCCCAACGCCACCCUCCGGGCCCAGGAGGACCAGUGCCGGCUGCUGGUCAGCCUGCCCUACGCCCUCGUCGCCUCCGGCCUGACCUUCUUCCUGCCCUCGGUGGCCAUCCUGUUCACCUACUGCCGCAUCCUCCUGGCGGCCCGGAAGCAGGCGGUCCAGGUGGCCUCCCUCACCAACAACGUCGUCGCGGCGGCCGGCGGCCUGGCCCAGCAGGUCCAGCGAGCUCGCAGCCAGCCAACGGGCCCGGGCGACGCACGGAAGCUCUCCAGCAAGCACAGCAAGCGGGCGCUGAAGGCCAGCCUGACCCUGGGGGUGCUGCUGGGCAUGUUCCUGGUGGCCUGGCUGCCCUUCUUCGUGUGCAACAUGGCGCAGGCCGUGUGCAACUGCAUCUCCGAAGGCCUCUUCGACCUGCUCACCUGGCUGGGCUACUGCAACAGCACCAUGAACCCCAUCAUCUACCCGCUCUUCAUGCGGGACUUCAAGAGGGCCAUGGCCAGGUACCUGCCGUGCUGCCGCCGGGCCUGGGAGCGCCGGCCCAGCCCGCUCUCGCUCUCCGUGCGCAACUCCAACAGCGGCCCCCGCCCGGGGGCCUCCCUCAGGAGCGGCCCGGCACCGCCGGGGGACGCCGACUCGGCCGCCUCCGCCACCCAGGCCCACGGGCUCGGCGGCCAGCGGGCGGGCCCCCUCCCGGACCUUCCCGACCCGGGCCACGCGGACCCCGAGCUCCACAUCCACCCGCCGAACACCCCCGUGGCUUGA